GGCAUUAAACAUUCCGGCCUCCUCCCAUCUCCGCGGAAUUUCCAACGCGAGCGCGCUGCCGGUCGCCACCCACCCAUCCCAUGGGCGGGCACCAGGCGGAGGAGGGCGGGGGCGCGCGCCCUCCCAAGAGGGCGCCGCGCGCGGGGGCCGGGGCCGAGACGGCGUCGUCGCUGUCGGCGCUGGCGGACGACGUGCUGCUCCAGAUCCUGGGGCGGCUCGAGCGCGACCCGCGGGACUGGGCGCGGGCGUCGUGCGCGUCCCCGCGCCUCGCCGCGCUGCUCCGCGCCGCCUGCCUCCCGCCGCGCCUGUCGCGGGCGCUCCCCGCGGAGCUGCUCCCUGCGCCGGCCCCCGACGGGGCGCCCGCGGCCUGGGCCGCGCUGCACAAGCUCUCCGUCUGCUGCCCGGGCCUUCUCCGCGCCGGCGUGCUCCUCGAGCCCACCGACGACUUCGGCCUCGAGCUCGACAUCGGGCCCGACAUCCCCUUCCGCGCCCCCGCCCCUGCAGACGACGCCGCCGCCGUCGAGGGGCUCGAGGCCACGGCCACGUCUCGCGACCGCAGUGGCCACGUUGCGGCCGCCGCCGUUGCCCCUCUCGCACACGGCGCCGGCGACUCCAGCGACGCCGCCGCGGGGGCCGCGUGGUCGCUCUACGACGACCUGUACCUGGACGCGGCCUACGACUGCUCGUCCGAGCCGCAGAUCCCGCCUGCGGCCGCGGCCCCGGACCCCGCCCCGCCCCCGGCCGCGCCGGCGAUCCGCGAGGUGGAGGAAGAGGACGAAGCCACCGCCACCAAUGCAUCCUGCGAGGGCGUCGCCCGGCGCGGCGUGGUGGCCGGGAGCCGUCGGCACCCGCGGCGGUGGCUGGGCACGGUGGGCGCGCACCUGGCGUCGGGGUCCUGGACGCUGAGCCGGGAGCAGGGGAACAAGCUCCUGGCCAGCCGCUUCCGCGGCGACCAGCUGUACCUCUGCGACUGGCCCGGGUGCGUGCACGCCGAGGAGCGCCGCAAGUACAUGGUCUUCCGCGGCGUGUUCCACAACUUCGCCCGCUCCCAGGUGCGCCGCGCGCUCAGGGACAUGCGCCGCCCCACCAUAGCCGUCGACUGCGUCUUCUGCGGCAGCAAGGAAGCGUGGGACCUCUACUCCGCCUUCUGCCUCCGCAGUUUCUACGGCUACCACGACGACGGCGAGCCCGUCGUGCGCGCCUACGUCUGCCAGAACGGCCACGUGGCCGGCGCUUGGACCGAGCGCCCUCUCUACUCCUGAUCCUGGUGGAAUGGCUGGCCACGUCACUGACAUGGUACCGCGUCAUUCACUGUCCUCUUCCAUUGCCAUUGCCAUUGCCCGAUGCUGCUACUGCUAGCAUUAGCAAGCAAACAAUGCCUUGUGUUUUUAACGAUAAAUAUGUGCUUAUCUGCAUAUAGUAAUGCUGAUCUCAUCGAGCUCUAGAUAUAUGUAAGAUGUGUGUUAUUAUGAUUAGAAUAAGAAUGCAAAGCUGGGUAGGUUUGCAGGGUAGGCGAUUAAAGAUUUGCAUAAAAGGAUUGUUAUCCUGAUGCCGAGAAUAGCUGCAUAAGAAUGGAAGUGCUGUUUGAUUGGGUACUUCUAACUUCUGGUUCCAUAGACUGAAAAUAACUUAAUGCUAUGAUUCAUGAUUGUAUA